AUGGCACUGCCCGUUGUCCACCCCGCCUCGCCGACGCUCACAAAUCCUGAUAUGAUCCUUCCCUACGACGGAGAAUAUGACACGACUCCUUCCCCCCCUCAUCACCCAUAUUCGCCUGACGAAUGGCGAGAUUCCAAUGAUAUGCAGUUUUCGUUGGGACCUUCGCAGAUGGGCACCUCUACACCGACGACGCCAAUCAUAUAUGGGAAUGGAACAAUGCUUUCAGAUAUCGGAGAAGUGACCGAGGCAGAGAGCACUCCUGGACGAAAGCUUCCUGGACCGGCAGAAAGGAGAAUGUUAAAACAAGCGCAAGCCAACAAUCUGCCAAUACGUUCGAGCCCAACGGUCGGUUACGAAGCCGUGAUGAAGCGAGCGAAGACGGGAAACCACCAGCGAAAUGUCUCGAUUGAGUCAAGCAGCACGGUUAGGUCUGAGGGGCACCAGGCCGAAAUGUUCAGAGAUUUCGAUGACGGAGUGAGCAUAGACGACAGCAAUUUCCAAGGCGACGACGAAGAAAGUGUGGCAGAAUCAUAUAGAGAUCCAUAUAGAGAAGAAGUCAUUGGGCAGGAAACGAGACGACUGGCGAAUAGAGUCAGCGUGAUUGGCGAAGAGGACGACCAAGAUCAGAACUCGAGCGCAGCCUUGAGUAGAAGGGCAGAACAUAUUCUGCUAAAUGCAAAGAAGCGUCUAAAUAAUAUGGAGGGCAACCUCACUCGAGCCAGAACAUCCCUUUUUGUUGCACCAUCAAAGUCUAUGUCUUCAAUUCAUAGCAGCAGUCCCUUAUCUCGAUCGACUCCUUCUCCUCCCGGACGUGGUCUGACACAACUCGGCAAUGGCCCUUCCACUCACAGACAAUUGCACACUCCUUUGGAUAGUCCUGUUGGUACGCCCGGCCACUCAAGAGUGUAUAGUGAGAACUCGAUAUCAUCUCCUGUUGGAAAAGGCCGGUUUCCUGUUCGCUCAGCGAGUGCCGCAGCUAGAUAUAUACCAAAUACCUCGACAGACACGCAGAAACGACUAGGCUAUGCUUAUAGUUCGGAGAGUCUACGAGAGGAUGCCAAAGGUGUCUCGCGACCUUUGCCUUCACCGUUAGGCAAGAUCUCACCACCACGAUCCGCUAAACUCGAGCCGUUGACCGAGGACGACAUUAUGCCCGAGUUUGAUAGAGGGAGCGUUGCUUCAAGUAUGGAUGGAUUUAUCAGUCCCAAUGGCGAGAUGGAUCGAACGUUGUCACGAUCAGCUUCUACAGCACAAAUGCGUGAUCUCCGAGAUCAAAUGCAUGAUUUGAAGGGUAGACUAUCAGUACUUCGAGAUCGCGCUCGUGACGACACAAUGAAGCGCCGAAGUCUACAGAGUCUCCGAACUCCAAGCCCGUUUACAGCAGCCGAGCAAUGGUAUUCUAGUGACAAGGGAUACAAAGUCGAUCCGUUAACCGCUGAUGCUGGCACUUCUCCAACCUGGAAACCAGAGCUUAGUGGUCAGUUAGACGGCCUGUUGAGCCCAAACACGGUUUCUAGCGCCCACGAAAUUAGGAAGGGUGCGCCAGAAGACGAGGAUUCCGACGUGACGAGCGUCUACGAGGACAUUCCAGACGGUCAUCACUUUUCUAGCGUUCCACAGCGCGCAUAUAAUCCUCCAGUCGACACAGAACCAUCUCCUGUUUCGUCUCCUAUUUUAUCGCCCAAGGUUAUUGAAAACGAGGACAGUAUUGAGGAAGACAAUAUUGAGGAGGAGAAUUAUGAUGACGAGAUUGUUAGCGUCGAUGAAGUUGAUGAUUAUGAGAGCGACUCCACUAACUACCACGAUACUACCGACAUCCCAAUAUCCCAUGAGGACCGGGAGGACGCAUUUGAUUACGAGCAUUUCUUCCUCCAUAGUGCCAUGGGUACAAUCGGACAAGGUAUGAGAGGUCGAAAUGGAAGCUUCAGCUCCGAAGAUUCUGUAGAAACUACACGUGGGCCCAUUGUUCAGGAUUCAGAAUACAACAGACCCAGCUUGAAACAUAUCAGGAACGGAAGCAAUGCCUCGGUCUCAACGAUGAAUUCGUUUGCGACUGCUGAGGAAGAACAUAGCUCAGGAGACGAAGACAGCUUAGCUGCACAAACACCACGGGAUCAAGACGAAUUUGCAGUACAAGAUGUCAAGAUCACUCCAAGUCAUGAAAUUCGAGAGCGCUCGCCCCUGAACAAGAAGAGAUCCACGUUUGGUGGAGAUGCAAAUGACCUUGAGCUUCCCGAUGACAGUCCAGCUUCAGCUGACGAGCGAGAGUCUCAACGGGACUCCAAGCUGGAUUUGCAGCCUCACGCGAUAUCGUCGGAAGAUGAACGUACCCCAACCACAGUCCAUCGCCCAUCAGUAUCCUCAUUCGACUCUUGCUCAUCCAACGGCUCAACACGUAGUUUCCCACUAGUCAACAAACCAGCAAUGCAAAUCCCACUUCCCACGUCCACAGUCACCGGAUCUCGAGGCUCAGGUGGAUCAACUGGUUCCAUACUCACAAGCGACUCAAUGACCCUCGUCGAUCGACAAGGCGAGGAACGACUCCAAACCUCACCCGUCCACAUGCUCGCCAAAGACGACCAAAUUCUUGUAGAACGUCUUGUGGCAAGUCUCGGAAAGUGCGUCCUCGGUCUGCAAGAAGCUGAAAUCGGCACCUACGAAGCUCGCGUCUGGAGACGAAGAUUAGACGCUGCGAGACGGGUUCUUGAAGGUCAAGAAGGCGCCGUCUGA